UAUACUCUCUCUCUGAACUCAGUCUUUUUCCCCCUUUUUGGCCAGGUUGUCUCUCCAUUUUCUCUCUCGUCUUCCUUCAAAUCCCAGGAGAGAAACAAAACCCAGGUCAACAAAUUGCAGAUACAGCUCUUCAAAUUUUGUAUUUUCUCGAAAUUCCAAAAAGGGGGAAUUCAUAGAUCGACCCACUUCAUUUUUGGGUUCAACUUUGCUGAGGAAGAAAGGGUUUAAUCAAUUUUCAACAAUGAACAAUUUACUUUCGGAUUCGUUUGAGAUUCCCCGUGGGGAAUCAUCUCGAAGAGGUGAUCUUGAGAUGGGGGAAAAUCUCCAAAAUUCAGGAGAAUUGGGUUUGCAAACUUUCUCAAAGAAGGUUCAAGAGAUAGACAAACAAUAUGAGAAGAUCAAUGAGCUUCUAAGAAAACUUCAGAACGCUCAUGAAGAGUCAAAAGCUGUGACAAAGGCUUCUGCUAUGAAAGCUAUCAAGAAGCGCAUGGAGAAAGACGUGGAUGAAGUUCAAAAGAUUGCUCGGCUUAUUAAAACGAAAAUAGAAGACCUUGAUAGAGAUAACUUUUCAAGCCUGCAGAAGCCUGGAUGUGGAAAAGGAACAGCCAUUGAGCGCACCAGGACAACACAGACAGUUGCAUUAAAAAAGAAAUUGAGAGAUAAGAUGGCGGAAUUUCAGACAUUACGUGAAAAUAUUCAUCAAGAGUACCGGGAAGUUGUUGAGCGUCGUGUUUAUACAGUAACGGGUCAAAGAGCUGAUGAAGAGACGAUUGAUCAAUUAAUUGAGACUGGUGAUAGUGAACAAAUCUUUCAGAAAGCAAUACAAGAGCAAGGUCGUGGUCAGAUAAUGGACACACUUGCAGAAAUACAAGAACGCCAUGAUGCUGUAAGAGAUGUAGAGAGAAAGCUGCUCGAGCUACAACAGAUUUUUCUAGAUAUGGCUGUUUUGGUCAACGCCCAGGGAGACUUGCUCGACAAUAUCGAGUCACAGGUUUCAAAUGCUGUAGAUCAUGUCACCUCAGGAAAUGUAGCAUUGCAAAAGGCAAAGAGCUUGCAGAGGAACUCUCGUAAAUGGAUGUGCUUUGCAAUAAUAGCCCUUCUUAUCAUUGUUGCUAUCAUUGUUCUGGGUGUACUCAAGCCAUGGAAAAGCAAGAACGGUGCUUGAUCUCUACUUCCUUCCGUACAUUCUCUAUACAUAUAACAUCAUGUGAAAUCCCGCCCCCCUCCUGAAAAACAGAAAAGUAAGAUUUUGUGUAUUCGUAAUCGUGGUCCUUGUAACUUGAUCAGCUUGGUGUGAAUUAGUAGUAGUUCCAAUAUCUCCAAACCUAGGUUUUGCCUCUUGUUUCAGGCCUGUUUUGAUCCCUAUUUUCUCUUCUGAACGCCUUACCCUUGCAUAUUAUUCUUUUUGGCGUCACCAUUUUCA